AUGAAGGAUGGCCCAUUCUGCAGAGGCCUGCCUGAAAUCGAAACUGCUCGACACAGGCCCUUCACACUGGACAGCAUUGUGCCGCAACAUCUCUUCGGAGACCCCCGUGCCACCCUGGAGCUCUCUGCAUCCAACGUCGUGAAAAGCGCCGUGGACGCCGAUACCUCUGCAAAUAAGCAGGCCACGCUGAUCCUCAACAAGUUCCUGGAAGACUUCUCGAAGGUCAAGGAGGUGUACGUGAAGUCCUUGGGUGUGGAGGGGCGCCUGGAUUUCUCACGACUGCCCAUGGGAGGUGGACUGGGCCUCUCUCGAAGCUUCUCGCUCGGGUUGCCAAGUGGUGUGUCCGCCACAUGGGCAGGACCCUGGCAGGUGGUUCCUGCCGAGCUGCCUCCUGACGACACGUUGGCCCCCAGGAGAUGGGCGGCCAGAUCCAAGUCCCGAACAUCCCGAAAAUCCGGGCCACGAGCCGCGCUGCGAUUGAACGGUGCCAUUGGCAGCAUCCGGUUCUCGCGCCCGGUCGUGGUACGGAGCCUCCAGAUCCAGCCGGUUCAGGGAGGCCCUCGCUUGUGGGUACGCGGGCGGCUGUCGGGUGGUGAGGUUUGGCGACAUUCCUACCAAUGUGAGGCACAGCUUUGUGGCACUGGGGACCUUGUUUUGGGUCGGUGGGAGGGUGAUGGACAGUGGUACUACGCGAGGAUUUUGAUGCCUCAUGAUGCCGGAGCCACGCUGUGGUGGAUCGAUCGGGAUCCCUCUCAUCGCCUCGUGGCCUGGGAACAUCUCACGACGCCUGCUGGCAAGCCUUGCAGGGGCGAAGCAAGUCCUGGAGCCACUGGAACUGUAAUGUUUUCGAAGUCUUCGAAGUCUUCGAGCAAAUGGAAGGACCUGGCACGGCGAAGCAAGGCUGUUGACGAGAUCGCCUUCUUGGCGCCCGAUGGCCUCGAUGGCCUCGGCUGGCUGCUGGGUGAGCUCCACGUGGCCACUGUCCGCUGGCGCCCCGAGGUUGGUGCCGAUGACAGCGUGCGCCUCCCCUCGGAUGCCUUGUCCAGAGUAGUGCAGGUUUUGCCUGGGCCCUUUGCCACUAUCGAGGAUGUUUCCCAUGCUGCCUUGUACUACAACGCCGACGACAUGCUAGAGCAGGGCCUUCGCCUCAACAGCUUUGCAAGGCGCCAGGAGCUCGUGGAGGCCCCGCGCCGCUCCAAGACAGACUCCUACGUCCAGUUGAGCGCCUUCCGCUCCGUGGAGGGGCUGAAGCAGAUGCUACGGGCUCUGAUGCCAGGCCUUGGUCGCCCCUGGCUUCGGCUUCCGGCGCACGUCAGCCAAGCCCGCGUGCUUGCCGACUUGGACCACCUAGUGACGACGCUGGAUGUCAGCCACCUGCAGCCGGAGGACCAAGAGAAAGUGGUCAAGCGCUACGGCCACUUCGAGGUGUUCUUUGCAGACAUUUGGGACUGGAGGACGGCUGUGGACUCACUCCAGGUGCUAUAUGAGCUCUGGAGGGAGGAUGCAGCCAUGCAGAAUGAGGUCACCGGCGUCUUCAAAAAGGGGCAGUCCUGGCAGGGCUCCUACUUCUGCACCCAGGGCCGCACUCAGUUUAGCCUCGACAUCACUGAUGUCACGUCAGUCAAUGGCAAGGAGCAGAUACGAGCGGAUUUAACCUUCAUCAUCGCCAAGAAGGGCAAAAACGUCACCGGCAUCUACGAGGUUUCGGGGCUCCUGGAGCCAGCGGGAAGGAGCCUCGUCAUGGAGCCGAUCCCAGACUCCUGGAAGGCCCAGCCCAAGAAUUUUGUAAUGGUCGGAACGCACGGUGUGGUCUCGGCCGUGGACGGUACGAAUCGCGCAGUGUAUGCCGGCACCGUGCCCAUCUAUGGAUGUGACAGUUUCGAGCUGUUCUCAGAGGGAACAGGCUCAUCGGAGCAGCGAGAAGAGCACAAUUUGCCCUGGAACGGGGCCUUGAAGAGGCUCAGCGAGACCAUCGAUUCGAAUCGGCAUCUCUGGCGCAGCGUGCUGCAGCGCAUAAUCUCAGAGAAGCCGUCCAAGCCGAGCAAGGUAGCCCAGCUCUUCGAGGCAGCGAGGAAUGCUGGCCUCCUCAGCGUGGAGUUUACCACCGCGGGCGGCGAGGAGGUCGUGCUACAGUCCUCGAUCAUGAAUGUCCUGAGCGGCCGUGCGGGCUAUGGCAAAAUCCAGGGCAAGAUCCGGAUCAACGGCACCUGUGGAGAGGGCCGGGCCAUCUCAGAGCUGCGCUCGGUCACCGGCUUUGUGCCGCAGGAUGACGUGAUGCACCGGAACUUGACGGUGGAAGAGAACGUCUCUUUCCAAUCGCAGAUGCGGCUGCCCCGGGGCGAGGGUGUGACCUCACUUGUGGAGCGGGCCAAGCAAUGCGAGGCAGCCUCGACGGACAUCCUCGAGCAGUUGGGGUUGGGAAACCCCCAGCUUCGCAAGACGGCCAUCGGCGAUGAGCAGGUGAAAGGUGUGUCUGGCGGUCAGCGUAAGCGGGUGUCCAUUGCCAUGGAGUUCGUCUCCAGGCCCUCCUUGCUGUUUCUGGAUGAGCCGACAAGCGGCCUGGAUUCCACCACCUCGCACGCGGUGGUGGAUGUUGUGGCACAAGCCGCCAAAAAGCAGCGGUGCACCACCAUUGCUGUUAUCCAUCAGCCGCGCUACGAGACGCUGCGGCUCUUUGAUAAUGUGAUCCUUCUUGCGGCCGGAGGCUACCUUGUGUACUCCGGGCCCACCGCAGACGUCGAACGCUAUUUCUCGGACGUCCUGGGAGUGCGAUUCCCGCCCAAAGCUAACCCGGCGGAUACCCUCCUGGAUGCCAUCACUGCGGACGCCGCUGCAGCCAUGCUCGCUAAAGGCGACAUGAAGCAGAACGGCGCCGACAUGCAAAGUCCCAUGCGCUUCGGAAAGUGGCUGGCAGAGACAUGGGCCCAGCACCAGGAUGCCUACCACCAGGCCCCACCCGCGAAAAUGGACGUGCCGCUGCCCGAUUUAGCAGUGAGGACCUGUACGUGGGGUGAGGAAAUCUUCGUUCACAUGAAGCGGGCAGCCGUCCAAUUGCAGCGGGACCGACAGCAGGUGCUGUGGAACAACAUGCUGCUGGUGGCCGGCCUUGCCAUUUUCUGUAUUUGUGCUCCCGCAAAGGCUGCGCAGCAAGAGUUGAUGCAUCCGCUGCUGGCCCUCUUCCUGCUGCUCCUCACGCAGGGAGUGGCGGCGCAGCGCGUCUUCGGCGGCCGCGAGCGCUUCGUGGCCUGGCGGGAGGCUGGCGUCGGCACGAACACCUUCCUUUGCUUCUUGGGCCGCGACAUCGCAGCACUCGCCGAGGUGUUGCUUGCAGCGCUGUUUUUCUCUGCUCUUUACUGGCCGCUGGGACCCCUGCAGUCCAGCCACCACACGAUCUUCUGGACUUCCUUCGUCUUCGUCUAUACAGCCUUCGGCCUCAACUACAUCUGCAGCGUCUUCAUGACCCCAGACACCGCGCAGAUGAUGGCUGUUGUCAUGGCGUUUCUGUCCUUCUUGCUGGCCGGGUUCAAUCCGUCGUUCAGUGCGCUGACAGCCAUGCCCUUCGGCAUCGGAUCUAUCGUGAUGGCGCUGUCGCCCAUGAGAUGGGCCUACGGCUUCUUGAUGCAUGACCACAUGCUGCAGAAGACCUCCAGCUUCGCCAACCCUAUGGUGCGCCUGUCGGCACAGUCCAUGCUAGACGAGCGCGGCAUGCCCUUGGAGUGGAUCUUCAAGACAGGCUGGAACUGUGACAACUCCACGCGAUGGAACUGGGAGGGUGCACCCUGUCCGGAAGGCGACUCAGACUGCCCCGGCUUCCGGCCGCCCAAUGGUUUCGUCUGCGACCUCACGCAGCUCCUCCUGCUUGGGAUCUACUUCCGAGCCAUUGCGCUGCUGUGCAUGGUGAUUACCUCACGCUUGAAGGCGUCUGGAGGAGGCACGUCCCCCAUGUUCUGA